AAUAAGAUACAUAAAUGACACCCUUCCACUUCAUCAAGAAGACCAUCAACACUGAUUUAACAAUACAGACGGUUUACCGGACAAACCCUAGAAGACACCAAACCUGGUUAGGGCUGUGAAAUCGAAGCAAUCAGUGAAAAUGACAGAACCUGCGACAUCAACCUCGUCUCUUCCCUCAGAUAGUGUUUCAAAACUGUCUCUGUCUCCAUCAGCAAAAAUGACGACAACGAACGAGAUCACAUUGUCCGUAGUACCGGACUGGUCUCUCCUUCCUGUAGAGCUACUCCACAUCAUCUCCAAGAAUCUGGAUGACUGUUUCGAUGCUCUUCAUGCUCGCUCUGUUUGCACCUUGUGGCGAUCCAUCUUUCCCUUUCCUUCUCACCUAUCACGCCUAAGUUACUCUCUCCCCACGCUUGAUAACAAAGGCUCGUGGAGCCUCGAAAGGAUCCCUCUGUUCCUCUUUAGACCCCGAGCUCUCGCUGCUUCUGAGUAUUUCUUGGGAGGGAUAAGGCGAUAUGAGGAGCCAGAAGAGGAGGAGGAGCUUCCAUCUCCUAUCCAAUGCUCGGUGAAAGUGAAGAUUCCAGAAUCUGAUCCAAAGCUGAUGAAGAUGAAUGAUUGUCAGAUCUUCCCUCUUGGCCAUCAGUACAGAAUGAUUGGUUGCAAUGCUAAAGAGUACAGAAACGUGGUUGUUCUUCCUCUAAACCAGGAGGGAGGAGGAGAUUUUGUUGUUCUCCUUAACUUCACUAAAGUUUUGUUGGUGUAUAGAAGCACUGAAAUGAGGUGGAGGCGGUUACAUACACAGCCAUUCACAACAGCUACGUGCGAGGAGCUAUUCACUUUCAGAGGCAAGUUUUAUGCAAUCUUUAUUAGCGGAGAUGUUUUCGCUUUCGAUCCUCAUUUCCUGGGACUGACUACCCUGAAGCCCUUGGAGCUACCCAACUGUGGUUCAUGCAAUGAUCUGGUUCAAUCCGGUGAUGAUGAGCUUUUCCUUGUUGAGAAAAUCAUCCCUCGUAAUGACGAUGUGUUAGACUUCAAUCGGCUAGCGCUAAGAGUGUGUAGGCUAGAUGUGGAGGCUGGUCAGUGGGUGGUGGUCACCGAUAUAGGAGACCGUGUGUUUAUUAUUGGAGAGUUUGGGAGUGUCUCGUGCUCAGCUAAAGAGUUUCCUGAGGGUUGUGGCGUGAGUGGGAACUCAAUUUUGUAUACUCAUAAGCCGUGGAAUGAAACAUACUUCUACAAAUAUGGAGUAGACACAGGACGCGAGGAAGACGACCUCAACUGUUGGUGGUAUUCAAGAGAGAAUCUAGUCACUAUCCUCAGCACUUAUCCUGUGGUGGCUCUGCGUGUCGAGCGCGAAGCAAUGAACCGAACAUAAAGGACAUGGGGCUACGUCUGUGAGGACAACAUUAUCAUUACUCAUGGUUCGUUAUGCAGAUCCGCUCAAAUUAUUCUCUAGUUUUUUUUCUUACUUUGUUUUCAUGUCUUGCAAUGUUGGUGAAGACGCAAGUAAUGUUAAAUUCUGUUCUAUAAGAAUGUUAACUCAAGCAUGGACUUGAUUCCAUUGUUAGUUCUUCUUUUGGUUUGCAGAUGUAGAAAUGUUUCUUGGCUUUUGGUAGA